AAUCAUCUCUAUUAUGUAUCAGAAAACGAGAAGAACUGUGUGGAGAAAAACGUGUCUACCCCAGGUAUCAGCAUCUGCUUUGAGGCUUACCUCUACAACAUGGGCAACUACAGUAGUUGUCCCUGGCAGUUCCCAGCAUCCUCCCAGCUGGCUCCACAGAGACGGCCCUCUAUGGGUGAGGAAGAGGAGGAACAGGACUCCACAGCAGAGGGUCAGUCAGAGAAGAUCAAGAAACCCAAAAAAGUUUACUGCUAUAUUUCACCGAAGCAAUUCUCUGUAAAGGAGUUUUACCUGAAAAUUAUUCCCUGGCGCCUUUUCACCUUUCGCGUGUGUCCUGGAACUAAGUUCACAUACCAUGGGCCAGACCCUGUACACAAGUACUUGACACUGGUGGUGGAUGAUGGGAUUCAGCCUCCAGUAGAGCUCAGCUGUAAGGACAGGAACAUCAUGGCUGCCACCUUUAUACGGUUUCUUCACAAGAACAUUGGAGGAUCAGAGACGUUUCAGGAUAAGGUGAACUUCUUUCAGAGAGAGCUGAGAAACAUUCACUCCAAAAGACCUCGUACUAAAACCUGCCUGAAAAUCAACCGUCACUCCCUCCUCGAGUCGUCUCUGAAGGCCACAAGAAACUUUUCAGUGUCUGAUUGGAGUAAGAACUUUGAAGUCGUGUUCCAGGAUGAGGAAGCUUUGGACUGGGGAGGACCGAGGCGUGAAUGGUUUGAGCUCAUCUGUAAAGCUCUGUUUGACACCAGUAACCAGCUCUUUAUACGCUUUAGUGACAACAACCAGGGUUUGGUCCAUCCAAAUGCUGAACGUUCCCCUCACUUAAGAGGGAAGAUGUAUGAGUUUGCUGGGCGAGUGGUGGGGAAGUGUCUAUAUGAGUCGGCUUUAGGUGGGGCCUACAAGCAGCUAGUACGGGCCAGGUUCACCCGCUCCUUCCUGGCCCAGAUUAUUGGUUUACGGAUGAACUACAAGUACUUUGAAACUGACGAUGAAGAAUUUUACAAAACGAAGGUUUGCUUUAUCCUGAACAACGAUGUCAGUGAAAUGGACUUGGUGUUUGCUGAGGAAAAAUACAACAAGUCAGGACAGCUAGAGAAGGUGGUGGAAUUGAUAACUGGUGGUGCUCAGAUUGUUGUGACCAAUGAGAAUAAAAUUCACUAUUUGAACCUGCUGGCCCAAUAUAGACUAGCCAGUCAAGUGCGAGAUGAAGUAGAGCACUUUCUGAAAGGUUUGAAUGAACUUGUACCCGAAAACCUUUUGGCUAUUUUUGAUGAGAAUGAACUGGAGUUGUUAAUGUGUGGUACAGGAGACAUUAAUGUGCAGGACUUCAAAGCUCAUGCCAUAAUUGUUGGAGGGUCAUGGCACUUCAGAGAAAAGGUGAUGAAGUGGUUCUGGGCAGUUGUGUCGUCCUUCACACAGGAAGAGUUGGCACGUUUGUUGCAGUUCACUACUGGCUCUUCACAACUCCCACCCGGUGGCUUUAACACACUUUGCCCAUCCUUCCAGAUCAUAGCAGCUCCCACACACAGUACGCUGCCCACCGCACAUACCUGUUUUAACCAGCUGUGCCUCCCAACAUACGACUCCUACGAGGAGCUGCACAAGCUGCUGAAGCUGGCGAUUAGUGAGGGGAGCGAAGGCUUUGGGAUGCUCUGAACAUCUGUCCACACUUUAUGGACAUCUCAUUCCAGUGUAUUCUUUAAAGUUAGGACUCUGAUCAUAAAAUUCCUCUGGAUGGAUUCAAAAGUUGUGUAUAUAUGUAUUUUUAAAAAAAUAAGUUUUUCAUUUCUGUUGCCUCUCUUGCCAUGUUCAGGCAUAAAUAAAUGGCCUAACUAAGAGUCAAGAUGCUUGUCCUGCAUUUGUCUUAAACAGCUGGAUUUCUUUUAUGGAACAUAUUAGACUGAGAUUUUGUGAAUGACUGCAUAUAUAUAUACCCCCUUUGGCCUUAACUGAUCAGGAAAGGUUGUGUAUAUAACAGAAUAUAUAUAUUUAUUGCUUAUUUGUUUUGUUUAUACAUUGUAUACAUCUUUUCUUUGUAAUUGAUAAUUUUAUAUAUUUGACAAAGAGACCUUAGACACGUUAUCACUGCUCAUAACUGUUAAUCUCAAAGAUGUUGAUUCUGUUUUGGGGACUUGCAUUCCAGAAUCAUUUGUUUGUUUUAGCUGACUUGCGUAGGCUGAUGUGCCCUGUGCUUUUCUCAUUAAGCCCCAUACUGUUCAGGUGGACUUUUGUUAGACAUUUAACUUAUGAUGAAAAUAAUAAACAAACACUUAUGCUAAAAAGGCCAUGUGCAUUUAAAAAACCCUUCAAGCAUUAAUUCAGUUACACAAUUUAUCAAAAAUCUGAUAAAAGACUUUAACAUCUGUCAAGUGUUUUGUGUUAUUUUGACAUCCACAGUAUGUACCAAUGUUUUCAUGCCUAGUAAAAAAGGUUGGUUAAUAUCCGUUAACUGAUGCUGUAUAUGGUUAAUAUUUGUUUUUAACAGAGGAUAUGGCAAUACUGUAAGGAACGUUAACAUCUGGAGGGUAGUUUUGUGACCACUACAAACCAUUUACAGGGACAGGAAGUAAUGCUGAAGCACUGACUACCCCAAUUUUACUCUGUGCUCUUGCUUUUGUCCUGGUCGGUAUUAUUUUUUAUGUAUAUAAUGUAACAUACUGUAUUUGGGUUUGAAUUUAAAUAUAAUCGUUUUAUUUUCCAUUAGGUUAGCCUUUUCCAGACUGAACAUUUGUGUGCAGAUGACUACACUUUAUGAGUUAUUUAUGCAACAAAAAUUAAAAAGCAGAAAAGCUAUCUAUAAAAGUG